AACAGGAUGUAGCCAGAUGUGGCAGUAGAUACACUAUGUCAGAUUCAGUUACUUCACGUGGGGCAUUCAGACGGACAUUGCAGGUCAUCAUCAUUACACAAACAUUGUGAAAUGAAAUCCAGUGCACGCAGAAUACAUGGCCAUUUCCGUGCAGUGGGGCUCUCUUUGAAAUUCCACCCCUCCGCCUUUGUUGUGCACAGCGAGGGGCGGGAAGACAAACAGGUCCACAUGUAUAAAGAGAUCAUCCCAGUACUCAGAGGCAGGAGGCUUCGAAAGCAUCGUGCCGAAACUCUCUGGAAACUUUGGGAUACACUAUCCAAGGCCGCUUUGGACUUUGUCACUCAGACUUUUUGUCACCCAAAGGAUUUUUUCUUUUGUUUUUGCAGCGCAGCAGAGUUUAAGGAGAGAAUCAUGCCGAUCCCAUCCGCGCAUCGCGUCUUUGCUGUGUAUCUUACGCUGUUUGGAUACCUUGGGGACAUUUACGCGGGGACAGUUCUGAUGAACUCCAACGCCAUUAAAAACUUGCCCGGGGCUGCUGGCAGUAAAGGAGCUGACACUGUCAGCCCGAGUCCACGCACCUCUCCAUCCAGCAGCUUGGGACACAAAUCCCCUGUUGACACCUUGCAGCAGUCAGAUGUUUGCACGGAUGAUGAAGACUGCGGGGGUGAUGAAUUCUGCAAUGACGCCCGAGGCGCCUGUCUGCCGUGCCGUAAGAGCCGGAAGCGUUGCGCACGGGACUCGAUGUGUUGCGCAGGAAAUCGCUGCAGCAAUGGUGUGUGCCAGGCAAAUGACAUAGAUGGUACAGAUGCAUCCAUUGUCACAGGCUGGCACAAAAACAGCAGCACCACAGAGCAUCACUCCAAGAGGCCUCCUACAGCCCAUGGCCAUCAGCCUCAUGCUGUGAAAGGCCAGGAGGGUGACACAUGCCUGAGGUCUGCAGACUGUGCUGAGGGUCUGUGCUGUGCCCGACACUUCUGGUCUCGCAUCUGUAAGCCUGUGCUGACGGAGGGCCAGGUGUGCACACGCCACCGCAGGAAAGGCAACCACGGUUUGGAGCUGUUCCAGCGCUGCGACUGCGGCGAUGGCAUGGCCUGCCGACCGGAGAAAGGAGAACGAGACCACAGUGUCAGCAGGACUGCGGGCCGGAACCUACACACCUGUCAGAGACGCUGACACAAACGCAUGGACACACACAGGGACAGAAAUACACUCUCAGAGACACACACAUCCAGCAAAGCCAUAAAUCAGUCACAGACACUGACAAACACUUUUCCACCUUGCAUACACCCGAGAUGCUGACACACACACACUCAGAGACACCCAACACCUAAGACAUUCUUUCCUGCCAAAGUUGCUGACAAAAACAGCACCCGGAAGGAUAGACAUGAUUCCUGGAAAAGUGAUACACCCAGAGGGAUUCAACAGAGCAAGACGGACUGAUCCAAUUCCCCAUCAACAGAUGAGGAGUCGGAAGUUAGGCAGUGACAUUUCAGAAGUCUUGGGAAGAUCAAUUCAUGUCGUCGGUAAUGGCAGAGCUGUUUUGUUUCUCUUUUUAUGGAACUUAAAGCCUCAGUUAUUGCAGUAAAUUACUGUAUUGUAAAUAUUAUCCUAGAGGUGGCACUUAAUUGAGCUAUGGAAUUCUGUCAA